UGUUUCACACUUCCCUCGUUGCUGCUGCUUCAUUACUUUGUGAGCACUCGCGUGGAUUUCCUGCUGCCAAACUUUCCUGCACUCAGAUGAGGUGGGAUGUGCACUGUUCUCCUUCCUGCCGACCACUUACACCGGCCGGGCCACAGCUGCACAUUUUAAACGUGCUCCGUGAGACAAGUGCACAGGAUGGAGAAUGAUGGGGGUGAAGAGGAGACUCCACGCCCGCAGAACCUCUACACCAUCUUCCUGGUGAUCCUGGCCUUCUUUGUCACGGGCCUGAUGGGCAUUCUGCUGUGUCACAUCCUGCAGGAGAAAGGCUACCGUUGCCGGACGUUCCGGGAGCUGCAGCCAGAGGCCGGCUCAGCUGCUGCAGCCCAGGGUGGUCAAGAUCCAAACCAGGACACGGUUGGGCAAAUUGUGCAAUGCAUCUUAGACAACAAAGCUAAUGCAGAAGCACUGAAGGAGAUGCUGAAGGAACACGAACAGAUGAAACCCCCGGCACACAGAUUUCGGGUGACUCGCAUCGAACGGUGCCGAGCUGGGGAGGAGCUGAGCACAUUCCCAGUGGAAGAGGUGUGUGUCCAAGCCCAUACAGAGGAGACAGAGAGGGAUCCAGAGGGAGGCAGCAGGGAGCUCCAGGGUCUCGGAGCAUCCCCUGGCGGACGCCCUCCCUUGCCCCACACGGACUGACCGGUGUUGAUGACAGAAGACUACAAAACACCAUGAGGGGCUGGAUCCGAGUGCGAUCUCAGCACGUUACCCCACCCACCCCCCACAACCAUCGCUGGAAGG